CAACAUCAGAGAAUCCACACUGGAGAGAAACCUUAUGAAUGUAAUCAAUGUGGAAAGGCCCUCUGUUCUAGGUCCAGUCUUGCUGCACACCAGAGAAUUCACACUGGAGAGAAACCUUAUCAAUGUGAUCAAUGUGGAAAGGCUUUCACAAAGAGCUCAUUUCUUGCUGCACAUCAGAGAAUCCACACUGGGGAGAAACCUUAUGAAUGUAAUCAUUGUGGAAAGGCUUUUAGAAGUACCUCUGAUCGUUCUGUACAUCAGAGAAUCCACACUGGGGAGAAACCUUAUGAAUGUAAUCAUUGUGGAAAAGCUUUCAGACAAAACUCCCAACUUGCUCAACAUCAGAGAAUCCACACUGGGGAGAAACCUUAUGAAUGUAAUCACUGUGGAAAGGCUUUCAGACUAAACUCCCAACUUGCUUUACAUCAGAGUAUUCAUAGUGGAGAGAAACCUUAUCAAUGUGAUCAAUGUGGAAAAGCUUUCACACACAGCUCAUUUCUUGGUGCACAUCAGAGAAUCCACAGUGGAGAGAAACCUUAUGAAUGUAAUCAAUGUGGAAAGGCUUUCAGAGUGAACUCCAAACUUGCUGAACAUCAGAGAAUCCACACUGGAGAGAAACCUUAUGAAUGUCAUCAAUGUGGAAAGGCUUUCAGAGUGAACUCCAAACUUGUUGAACAUCAGAGAAUCCACACUGGAGAGAAACCUUAUGAAUGUCAUCAAUGUGGAAAGGCUUUCAGAGUGAACUCCAAACUUGCUGAACAUCAGAAAAUUCACACUGGAGAGAAACCUUAUCAAUGUGAUCAAUGUGGAAAGGCUUUCACACAGAGCUCAUUUCUUGCUGCACAUCAGAGAAUUCACACUGGGGAGAAACCUUAUGAAUGUGAUAAAUGUGGAAAAGCUUUCACUCAGAGCUCCACUCUUGCUGCACAUCAGAGAAUUCACACUGGAGAGAAACCUUAUCAAUUUGAUCAAUGUGUAAAGGCUUUCAGACUAAACUCCCAGUUUGCUCUAUGUCAGAGAAUUCACACUGGGGAGAAACACUAUGAAUGUAAUCAAUGUGGAAAGACUUUCAGACAGAACUCCAAACUUGCUCAACAUCUGAGAAUCCACACUGGAGAGAAACCUUAUAAAUGUAAUCAUUGUCAAAAGACUUUUAGAAGUAUCUCUAAUUAUUCUGUACAUCAGAGAAUCCACGCUGGGGAGAAACCUUAUGAAUGUAAUCAAUGUGAAAAGCCUUUCAGAUUAAACUCCCAACUUGCUGUACAUCAGAGAGUCCAUACUUGAGAGAAAACUAAUGUGAUAAAACUUUUUUAUGUACACUCUCACCUUACUAUAGAAAUCUGAUGAAAGAAAAGGCCAAGAGACAUAAUUUCUGCACAAUCAUUUCAUUAAUUAUGGCUAAUGAAUAAUUAAUAAAAGGAUGGUCAUUUAGCUAUCUCUUGUAAAUCGAAGAUGAAUCAUGGAGGCAUAUCAUCACUUAUAUGCCCGUAGAGAAGUGGGUAUUACCAAGUGGAAUAAAUCAACUCUGAUUAAAAAUUAAUGAGACUGAA